AUGCGGUCAGCUCAUUGCUGCAGCACGUCCAGGUGCAGGCAACUUGGACAGUUCAGUUUUGCAGAGUUCAAUGAUCAAAUCUACUCCCACGCCAGCAUUGCCAGCCUCCGAGUCCGAAGUUUCUUCCUGACCUUGCAGGCGCUCCAGACCGACUGCGAGAAGCUUGCGGCCCGAUUGAUCCGGCUGCUGCACUCUGUUUGUCCUCGCAUCACCGAUGGCGACUCGCCGAAGGUGCUGGAAAUAGACUUGAAUGUGGUCAGACCGCUAUGUGCCGAUGGCAUCCCAGAUGAGGCACCUGCCCUUCGUGCGGCUCUCUGGAAGCUGCUGUUGGGCUAUCUGCCUUGUGAUGCCUUCCGCUGGGAUGUCGCACUGGCCUCCGCUAGGGCAGACUAUGCCACCUUCCUCCAGGAGCUGCUAGCAGAACUCCCACACGAGCUAGCUCAGGUAGGGGAGCGACCCCCCGGCUGGCCCGAUGACGAGGACCACGUAGUCCCGCUUUCCGAGGUGCUCGAGCAGAUACGGAAAGAUGUCCUGCGCACCAGGCCGGAGAUGGACUUCUUUUGCCGCACGCUACCAGCCGGCUCUGAAUCUUUUGGCAAAGAUCCAGACAAUGUUGAGGACGGUCGACAACGAUUCGACCCCUCUGAGGUGACGUUGGCCGUCACAAGCAGAGAUCCAGAGUGCAUCGACGUUGUGAGCCCCAAGAGCCACUACGACGUCCUGGCGCGGAUACUGCUCCUUUAUGCCAAGCUGAACCGUGGUGUUCGAUAUGUACAGGGCAUGAAUGAGCUGUGUGCACCACUGUACUACUUAUUCGCGCAAGAUCCCUUGAACUUCCAGCAUGCAGAGGCGGACACGUUUUUUUGCUUCAGCUUGCUGAUGUCUGACAUGCGAGACGCCUUCGUCAAGACCAUGGACAACGAGGAGGGCGGCAUGAUGGGCCGAAUUGACCAAUUCAAUGCGUUGCUCAAGGAGAAGGAUCAAGAGGUCUGGGGACAUCUGGAGGAGCUGCGAGUGUCACCUGUGUACUACACGGUUCCGUGGCUGACGCUGAUGCUGACCCAGGAGCUGGACAUGGCAGAUGUCCUUCGGCUCUGGGACUCUCUGCUCAGUGACUUGGCUCGGCCACACCCGCUCCUCUGUUACCUCUGCGUCGCGAUGGUCAUAGGCAUCCGAGAGGUGCUUCUGGCCGGCGACUUUACAGACUGCAUGCGCAUGCUCCAGCAUUACCCCCCAGUACCAGUCGACGAGCUGCUGCAGGGUGCACUCAGGCUGCGCGCCGUGGACCGGACGGGUGUUGGCUUCUCUUCCAGCGACUGGGAGGCUUCUGCUGACUCGGGGAAGAGGAGCUUGCCAAGUUGGUGGCCAUGGUGA